GAACUCGGAAGGUCAGGUGUGAGCCCGGAAAUUUUAACCCUUUUCCUUUUCCUUAGCAACCGCUGUACCUCCAACUUGAGGCUGCGCUUAGUUGCGCACAGGCUCAUCUGGAUGCACAGGGUACUUCCUUGUCGAUAUAGGUAGGAUCGAAUACGCUAAGGAAACGUUUUGUGGCUACCUCAGUUUUUUUUGUUUUUUAGUUAGAAAAAAUACCGCGACAAGAGGUGACACUGACGUGAACGGAACAACUGCAAAGUUGCGGCUGACAUGGAGACAGCGUCCUGCUAGACCUUGCACCUCCAAGACUGUCCCAGUGGUGACCAGACAGUGCUUUCAGUGUCUUGUGUCAUGGCUGCAGACCCGCCCAGAAACGGCGGACUGGCAAAUUCUGCAGAGAUCAAAAAGUCGGAACCCAGAGUCAACGAAAAGAAAUGCUCAUGGGCUUCCUACAUGACAAACUCACCCACGGUGAUUGUGAUGAUCGGCCUACCAGCAAGAGGGAAGACCUACAUGUCCAAGAAGCUGACACGCUACCUCAACUGGAUUGGAGUUCCCACCAAAGUGUUCAACCUCGGCGUGUACCGGCGGGAGGCUGUCAAGGCCUACAAGUCAUACGACUUCUUCAGACACGACAACAAGGAGGCCAUGCAGAUAAGGAAGCAGUGUGCCUUAGUGGCACUGCAGGAUGUCAAGUCCUACCUGAAUGAGGAAGGAGGCCAAAUUGCCGUUUUUGAUGCCACAAACACCACCAGAGAGAGGAGAGACCUCAUCCUUUGUUUUGCGAUGGAGAACUCAUACAAGGUGUUUUUUGUGGAGUCGGUGUGUGACGACCCUGAGGUCAUUGCUGCUAAUAUUCUGGAAGUAAAGGUUUCCAGUCCAGAUUAUCCAGAGAGACACAGGGAGAGAGUGAUGGAUGACUUCCUGAAAAGAAUCGAGUGCUACAAAGUUACAUAUCAACCGUUAGAUCCAGAUGACUACGACAAGGACAUGUCCUUCAUCAAGGUGAUCAACGUGGGCCAGCGUUUCCUGGUGAACCGGGUGCAGGACUACAUCCAGAGCAAGAUUGUGUACUACCUCAUGAACAUCCACGUGCACUCUCACUCCAUCUACCUGUGUCGCCACGGAGAGAGCGACCACAACAUGGAGGGGCGCAUCGGGGGCGAUGCGGAGCUCUCUGCGCGAGGGAAGCAGUUUUCCCAUGCUCUCCGGGGCUUUCUUGAAGAACAGCACCUGCCGGACCUGAAGGUGUGGACCAGCCAGCUGAGGAGGACCAUCCAGACGGCCGAGGAGCUGGGCGUGCCCUACGAGCAGUGGAAGAUCCUCAACGAGAUCGAUGCUGGGGUGUGUGAGGAGAUGACCUAUCAGAUGAUCCAGGACUCACAUCCAGAGGAAUUUGCUCUGAGGGACCAGGACAAGUAUCACUACCGCUACCCCGGAGGAGAGUCCUACCAGGACCUGGUGCAGCGCUUGGAGCCAGUGAUCAUGGAGCUGGAGAGGCAGGGCAACGUGCUGGUGAUCUGCCACCAGGCCGUCAUGCGCUGCCUGCUCGCCUACUUCCUGGACGAGAGCGCAGACGAUUUACCCUACCUGAGGUGCCCCCUGCAUACCGUACUCAAGCUCACCCCAGUGGCUUAUGGAUGUAAGGUGGACACAUUCGACUUGAAGGUUGCCGCUGUUGACACUCACCGGGACAAGCCGUUGGAUAAAGUGGGGAUGGAGCCUGCCCCUGUCCCCAUGAGGAGGAAUAGUUACACCCCCCUGUCCAGUCAUGACCAGGUCAAGCGACCCCGCCUCUACAGCGCCGGCAACAGGCCCGCGGUGCCCCUCGCCCCCCCUCCCACCACCACCCUGCAAUUCAUCGACGCACCAGAGGGGGCAGUGUCGGAGCAGAGCCAACUUCUUCUGGGAAUCGCCCGUCUGAAUCAUUCGGCCUCCGCCCAGGAGACUCUGGUGACCGUGUCGGCAUCUGAAUAGCGGGGAGGCGUUUCUCCUCUGCCUCCACCGCCUCUACCUGCUCCUCCAUCUCCUGGGAUGCGCCCUCCUCCACCCCGGUUGCUCUGCCCCUCUCCACCUGGUCCCAGGGCCCACUGACUUUAUUUAGGAGACGGCUCUGCACUCCUUCCAUUUUAGCUCAUAAAGGCAGCUUGUGAGAGCUAAUGAUGCACGUGGGCAGUAGGCCACAUCCUAUGCUUCUGGGAAAAGUAACUGCUAAUUCAGCUCUUUAUUCCUCUUACUGGUGUACAAGAGAGCAAUCGAUGCCUUAUAUUAAUGAAUGUAAUUCGAUGGAACACUUAGCCACAACAUGUCAGCAAAUGAAAGGCUUUGGAGAUCAGGGAAAUGGAGAUUGUCUUGUUUGUGUGCAAUUACCCGUUAGCCAAUCAGUGCGUCUCCGUGUUAGUCUGUUAUUCAGUUAUAGUUGUUUGGCGGGAAUACUCAGAGGAACAAGAUCAUAAAUGUGUCAGUUACAGUGUACCGAUUUAUCCAUGAAAUCGUUAUUUCCUUUUGGAAUUUUGUUUGUCAUAGAAACGCCUUGGAUUUCCGAUAAGCUUCGAAUCCAGAGUCUAAACAACAUUCUGGUGUUAAAAUAGUCCCUAGGAAUGUUUGUGGUAAGGAAGGGUGGAUGUGUGUUUGUUUUAUACAUGUGAGGUCACAGCUGUAAGGUCAGGAUGGUGGGGAUUAAAGUAAUUUAUCUGUUUUAUGAAAAGUGAUAAAAUGGCGCAUUAGUGCACCCUCCAUCAGCUCUUCUAUUCGGAGAUGUGCGUUCAGUUGAGGGGCAGCGUUUGCCUCGACAUGAUGGCAAUCGAGACGGUCAUCGUUUAAUUUGUGUUUUGCCGGAAGGCGGCCACCACCCGUAAUCACACACUGUAUAUUUUAUUAUAUGUCAUCAGGAAAGUAAAAUUAAAGAGUGUGGGAUUGAUCUUUGGGUUCUAAAAGCCUGCUGAAAAAAUCUCUAAUAUGUGCCUUACCUUUAAAAACCGUUGCAAUUCAUGUUCCUACCUUUCAUGUCUUCAACUGAACUCUGUAAUCCAUAAUUGAUUCAUGUCUUUGAGGUGCCUCUGCCCAGGGCAUAUCCAGCCGUCCUUUUAACAGGAGAAACUGAGAGCAGGCCCAGAUUAUUAAAUCAGCCAACCAGGUCCUUUGAGCAGUUUUAAAAAUAUCUUGCUGCUUUUCCUAAGAAUUGCCAACAAUUUUAAAGGUAAGGAGUAAUUGCUGGGAGCUGUUAGAGUUACCAUAUACUUUAUUGUUAUUAUUAUUAUUGUUAUUAUUAUUAUUGUUGUUGUUGUUAUUUCAAAGAAUGUGAUAAUUAGAAAUUAGAAAAUUCAAUUUUUGCAUGAGAAAUGACACUAAUUAUAUUGAGGCUCAGGGAUGCUACGAUGGUGCAAUUCACAAGAAGUCUUGAGGCAUGUCAGUUGUGAAAGUGAUACUGUGCAUAGCUUUACUCAUUCAUCUCUGUUCUGUGGUCUGUGGUACGAAAAUCUGUUGUGAGGAUUUGCACAACGAUUCCAUUCCUUGUAACUGCAACUCGGCCAGUGAAUUCCCUGUCUGCAGCAAUCCUAUAUCUUGGAGCAUAAAAAAAUCUAAUGUAUAUUGCGAAUUAAAUUAAUGCUUGACUAAUUUUAUUAACCUUUUAAGAUAAAUCCUGUUGAUUGACCUGAUUAGAUUACUCCUGGUACUGUGUGCUCUUACCAGUAGAAGCUGUAUGUUUGUUGAUUUUUUGUUGUUGUUGAUUCCCUGAUAUGCCUGUAUAUUUCCAGCAAACAUACCCGAUGCUUGGCUAGUUAGGAGUGCUGUGAUUACACACGUUUGUUCUUGCUGGGAAGCGAGCGGGGCGUGUCCGAUGUGUCGGAGCGAUUGUGUUUGCGUGCCUUGGGGACAGAUGUGCAUGGAGCUUUUUUGGGAAGGUGCGUCUGGCUCGCACGCAUGUGGGCAGAGCCCUUUCAGCGGCACAAAGGCAGGCACUGUUAAAAGCCGCAGGCGCGUGUCUGCUUGUGCUGAAAUCAUACCAUGACUGCGCUCACUUUUCUUAGGAAAAUCCGGCUUAACCGUCAGGCCUGCCUGCGACUGUUCCCGCUAACCGACUGCUGUAAUACCUCUGCAGAUCCCAAACUGGAGCAAUGUGACCUGCUCAUGGCCAGGAGUAAUAAAUUGCAUUGAGUGACUC